GACGGUCAAAAGGAGUCGCAUUAUGAAGGAGCCGGGAUCUGCGAUUGUUGUUGGCCGCAUUCUCGAUUCCCUUCUGCGAAAGCUGCAGAUCAUGUGAAAGGCAGGAGGGAGGACCGACGGCGGUGUGCAACACACGCACACACACAGCGCGUUGUUUGUGUCUGUGUGUGUGGCGGCUUGUAGCCUGGAGCCACGGUGUCUGACACGCUAAAUGGAUCGAUAGUUCAGCCGUGAUUGAAUUAUUGUCAACACACUUACACAUGCCGGCGCAUCCCAAGUAAUGAAUUAGAAUGAGUUAUUAUGUAAAUGCCGAUGUGUAAACUUUUUUAAAUCCAUGGGAGAAAACUGUAGAGCUAAAUACCCGGUUCAUUUCCGAAUUGACCGUAUUUAAGAAAAAAAUACAGGACAAUGCAAAACAAACUAGGUAGCAAAACUGUGACGUCAGGCACCACAUGGGUGAUCAUGUGACAAAACGCGGAAGUUUAAACAGCGGCUGCAUGUGACAACAAGAAAACAAACACGAGCUAUACAAACCCUUUAAUGCGUACUUUUAAUUAACUUAUUUAAAAAACACAAGCCGGAAUGGCCGAAGAGGUGCUGUCGCUCAAAGCAAAACUCAAUGAAAGGGAGAGAGAGAUCGCUACUUUGAAAGCUAAAUUAUCUGCACUGGAGAAGGGCCAAGCGUUCACACUGGAGCUGCAUGACCAAGUGACCCCACUGACCCCGCUUGUAUCCAGGACAGCGCUGACAAAUGAAGAGAUCAUGCGCUACAGCAGACAGCUGCUUCUGCCGCAGAUAGGAGUACAAGGUCAACUGAAUUUAUCCCAAACCUCAGUGCUGGUGGUGGGGUGUGGAGGACUGGGCUGUCCUCUGGCGCAGUAUCUGGCUGCUGCUGGCAUAGGACGUCUGGGCUUGCUGGAUUACGACGAGGUGGAACUCAGUAACCUUCAUCGACAGGUUCUUCAUGGGGAGGAGAGUCAGGGCCAGGCAAAGGCUCUGUCUGCUGCCCACUCUGUCAAAAGAUUGAACUCAGAAGUGGAGUGCAUUCCUUACCACCUGCAGCUGUCCCCCGAGAACGCCCUGCAGCUCAUUCAACAAUACGACAUAGUUGCGGAUUGUUCGGACAACGCUCCCACCCGUUACCUGGUCAGUGAUGCGUGUGUGCUCAGUGGCAAGCCUCUGGUUUCAGCCAGCGCUCUCAGAAUGGAAGGACAGCUGACAGUGUACAACUACUGUGGCGGCCCCUGCUACAGAUGCCUGUACCCCGUCCCUCCACCCCCAGAAACUGUCACCAACUGUUCAGACGGAGGAGUGUUAGGAGUUGUUCCAGGGAUAAUGGGCUGCCUGCAGGCUCUCGAGGUCCUGAAGAUUGCAUCAGGAAAAGUCUCUUCCUGUGCCCAGCACCUUUUGAUGUUCGACGGCCAAGAUGCCAAAUUCAGGUCCAUCAAGCUGCGGCCCAAGAAGAGCGGGUGUGCGGUGUGCGGAGAGAACCCAAGUGUGACCCGGCUGGUGGACUAUGAAGCCUUCUGUGGGGCUGGUGCUACUGACAAGUGCCGCAGGCUGCAGCUCCUCUCCAAAGAUCAGCGAAUCACAGUGCAGGAAUACAAAUCCGUAUUGGACAAAGAAGAGCCGCACAUCCUGUUGGACGUACGCCCCCCGAUGGAGGUGGAUAUAUGCCACUUGCCCAUCUCUCUCAACAUCCCUCUAUCAAGUCUCGAAGACAGGAAGAGCGAUCAUGUCCGAUUACUCCAGGAGGAAAUCACCCGGGUGAAAGAGCGGAUGGCAAGUGACCGGCAGCCUUCAGUUUAUGUGAUCUGCAAGAUGGGCAACGACUCCCAGAAGGCAGUGCAGGUUCUGGAGAACAUGAUGGGACUGGAAGUGGACCAUGUGACGGCGAAAGACAUCUGUGGAGGUCUCAUGGCCUGGGCGCAGAAGAUAGAUCCGACAUUCCCACAGUACUGAAGUAUCACUUUAUUUACGAAAUAAAAUG